AUGGCCAUCCCGACAUGGAACGGGAAGGCCGAGACGUUGGAUGACUGCGCCAUUGCGGUGGAGCUGUUCACGUUGGGCUCCUCCAAAGAGGUGAGGCCACUGCUGGGACCCAGGCUCGUGGCCGCCUUGCCACAGGGGUCUCCCCAGCAGCGCUUCGCCCUACGACUGCCUCGGGAAUCUGGCAUGGAUCUGGACGGAGCCCCACUCGAGCCGAAGACGAUUGCCACAGCGGACGGCCCCAACAACCUGAUAGAAGCGUUCAGGAGGGAGCCGGGAACUCAGGUGGUGUCCCACAUCGGCGAGAAGACGGACGCGUACUUCUACGCAGGCCCGGGUCGGAGUGCACUGACACGGCGUUUGGGACAGAGCAUGGCACAGUGGAUCGAGACGGAGGUGGAAGCUUACGAUCAACUCCAGCGGGCAUACGAACUGCUGGUGCAGGAUGUGGGAGACAUCUUGCCCAGUGCCGUGCGGGGUGUCCUCCUCUGGCGCAACAACAAUCUCGAUCCCACGGAGGGAACCGUGGUGAGCAGCACUAUCAAGGGAGACUGGAAGCUUGAGAAUGUGAGGAGACGCCUGCGAGACGCGUGGGCAGAGAACGACAUGGCCGUGCGAGACAAAACGAAGCUGAACAAUCAUCGUGCAGCUCACUACACGGACGAGGCCCUGGGGCAGAUCAACGACGAGCAGGGAUCCGACCUCGAGCUGCCGCCGGACGAGUACGCACAUGCCGAGGAGGAGGACGUUGCGGCACUGGAGGAGCACGAGGCCCUGGCCGCGCAGGAGGCGGAUGCAGCGAACCGCACCUGGGAGCAGGCCAGGAAGCUGCUCUGCGACGCUUCCAG